CUUUCUUAUUCGGCAGCUUCCUCAGCACUUUCAAACAGAGAACAAUACCCUACUUUUUUUCGAACUUAUCUUCCGGAUGCGGCGUAUAAUCCUGCAAGGAUAAGACUAAUGAGGGACUUCGGAUGGACUAGAGUUGCUACUAUUCACGAAAACCAUGACCUUUUUUCAUUGGCAAUAGACAACCUGUUGACUCUAAUGAAGGAGAAUAAUAUAACAGCUAUCAAAUCAGAGAGUUUCUCUGGGAAUCCAAAGAAUCAAAUUGAAAACUUGAAGAAAGACGAUGCCAAAAUUAUAGUCGGCAAUAUGUAUGAAGACAUGGCGAGACGAGUAUUCUGUGAGGCAUAUAAACAAGACAUGACAGGGCCAGAAUAUGUGUGGUUUUUGAUUGGCUGGUACGGUCCAAGAUGGUGGGAAGUGAAUGACCCGUAUGUAGAUUGCACACUCGAAGAACUGAAGGCCGCCGUGGAAGGAUCACAGUAUAUAGCAACAGAGAGUUUGCAGUUAAGUACCUCCGAAGAACUGACAAUAGCUGGAAUCACUGCCGCUGAAUACGAACAGGAACUGCGAGAAAGAAUGGAAUGGCCCGAGAAUCAAAAUUAUGUAUGGAACGGCUUAGCGCCAUAUGGCUAUGAUGCAGCAUGGGCAAUUGCUCUUAUGUUAGACAAAGCAGCAGCUAACCUCAAAACUAAAUCAUUAGUUGAUGGCACAAUUCGACGCUUAGAAGAUUUCACUUAUGAUGACAAAGACAUGUCACAGUUGUUCUUCGACCUUCUCUCACAAACGGACUUUCGAGGUGUUUCGGGACCUGUUAGCUUUAGAAAUGGUGAUCGUGUAGGUGUCACACAAAUAGAACAGCUUCAAGCUAGUUGCAAGAACGAUUAUUUAAAAUGGAAUUUCCAUUGCUAUCUUCUACAUACUUUCCGUAUGGAAUGGAGCCAGGCACGUGAAUUAUGUCAAAGCGAUGGCGGCGAUCUGAUUGUUAUAACAUCUUCACAAGAACUUGAAUUUGUUAUUUCCAAACUUGGAGCCACGGAACGAAACAAACAUUGGUUUGUUGGUUUGACGUUUGACGGUGAAAAUUAUGUUUGGAACAAUGGCGUAUUAUUAAAUACGUCAAUUAUUAACCAAUUACCAGACGUUGCUGAUUCGAAUCAAACAUGCGUUUCAAUCGACGACACAAACUCGUUACGACCUGUGAACUGUCUCCAAGAGAACAGCUUUGUAUGUGAAGCAAAUCAAGAAUAUAUUGAGCAACGAAUCGCUCUGUACACUGAAAAUGGCGAUAUAUUGGAAUACACGUCUGAUUUUGAUUGGCGAGGAGAAAAAAUCCCCCUGGACCAUACGCCACAGAUUAUUAUAACAACAGUAGAACGUUAUCUCUACAUCUUACCAGAGGUAUAUUACGUCGUGUGUAGUUUGGCUGCUUUGGGAAUCAUAAUGGCACUGUUCUUUUUAGGAUUUAACGUGAAGUACAGAGAACAAAGAUACGUCAAGAUGUCUAGUCCGUAUUUAAAUAACAUCAUUUUAAUGGGAAGUAUUUUAGUUUACAUCGCGAUUUUCUCAUUCGGCUUGGAUAACAACUGGGUAGGCCCUGAAUUCUUUCACAUUCUAUGCCAGGUCCGUACUUGGAUUAUUUCAGUCGGUUUUGUUACAGCCUACGGUGCAAUGUUCAGUAAAACUUGGAGGGUUCACCGAGUGGCUGCUCUAAAGACAGUGAAACGCAGAAUUGUUACCGAUAGACAACUAUAUGGCAUGGUACUCGUAUUGGUGAUGAUAGACGUGACGAUAUUGACUGUAUGGCAAAUCAUGGACCCACUGUAUCGUGAAACAGAGAUGCUUCGUUUGGAGGAUGACCCAGACGUAUCUAACCAACAGAUACAGCCAAUAUUGGAAUACUGUGCUUGUCAACAUUUUACCUACUGGUUAGGUGCAUUGUAUGCAUAUAAAGGACUCCUACUCAUAUUUGGCACAUUCCUGGCAUGGGAAACUAGAACGGUAUCUAUUCCGGCGUUGAAUGACAGCAAGUAUAUUGGUAUGAGUGUCUACAAUGUCAUCAUUUUAUGCAUCAUUGGUGUAUCUGUCAGUCCUAUUAUACACUACAACGUGAACGCGUCUUUUGCUUUCCAGUCUGCCAUUGCAUUGUUUUGUACUUCAAUUACGCUCUUACUUGUAUUUGUGCCAAAGAUUGUUUCAGUAACCAAACAUCCAGAGGGAGAACCAGUGUCCACAAUGAAGACCCAUACACCGUCAACUCAAGACGCCACCGCCAAACAUGUAGAAGAAAUGGUUAAAUUACAAAAGAAAUUGGACGAGGUCGAAGCAAAGUUGAACAAAUCACAAAGAGGUACCUCAAAUAGACAACAAGCUGCAGGGGUGAACGUUGACAGUGGAUGUGGGCUAUGGUGCUUUGGACUGAUUUGUGGUUGCUGUUCAGCAAACAUCAACAAAAAUAAAGAUACAACAGAAGCAGACAAGCACGCCUACACUAAUGAUAUGAUGGACAGUGGUAGGGCAGAUAGUAUACUAGAACUUUAA